ACUUGGUCUAGAGCUCAGUUAGACAUUAAAACACCAUAAUGACAUGGAUGUUGAAAUUUUGAUUGUCAUUUGUAGUUGUUUUAUUCUUUUCGUUGUAAUUCAUCUAUCUGAUGGAAGUGCUGAAAUAAUAUCAUUUACUUGUACCGCAGGUCCAGAGCUUUGUAAGGAUAUUUUUUGCAAUACCACAGUUACCGGGGAUAAUAACCAUCAAUUAAAUUGUGGUUGUUUUUUACCACGUCCUGUUUAUCAAGCAACAUUGGAAGUGUGGUUGGAAAGAAAGCGAGGAAAAAAAUAUGUGACAGUAAUCAAUAUGAAGGAAGACUUACGUCAAAUUGUCAAGCAAACAGUUGGCUCACCAGCAAUGUCAAAUUUAUUUUCGGCAAGCAAAAGAUUCUUAACUGGAUUUGAAUAUCCUUUUCAGGGCAAUAUGAGUGUAAGAAAAAUGCCAGUUUUGCUGAAUUACGCAUCUGUAUUUAUGCAAUCUUCAGCAUAUCGUUUGAAAAUGGAUUUUUCCAGCAAGCAAGAGCUUAUCCUUCGAACGGAAUUGGAUUUUAUUAUUGGAAAUAGUAAAAAUAAAAACAAAAAGAAAAAUACCACACCAAAAACUCCUAAUAAACAGUAAAUUUUGUACUUUUAUUUAAUUCA